UUUAGUGGCUAUCUUGUUGUGAGAGUAAACUACACAUUACAUUCUAUAACACGAUAACAUAUAUCAAUAUAACGGUGUGGGAUUGGACUGUCUAAAGCGAACCUUUCUAAACCACCCUUCUUCAUAUACAUAAGUUACUUGGAAGAUCUUUGGAAAUUACAGAAGGCAAAUUCUGAGGCUGUCCAUAUUAUUCAUUCCUCUUCUACCCUUCUGAAAUGCUCGUACUUUAUAACGAGGCGACAGUGCCACUUAAGAAAGUUGUUGUUGGUUCGUUUUGGUGAAGCGAGUGGUACGUACCUAAAAAAAGGCGAAAAUAUCAAUACAGGCAGUUUUAAGCCCAGUUCAGGUCCAGAACCCAACAACCAACGGUGGUAUGACUCUCUCCACAACAUAAAAUAUUUGCCACCAUCCAAAACCACUCGUGGUGUAGCUACAAAUCUCUGUAAGAGACAGUGUAGGAGAGGAGCCUUCUUAAUUUAAGCAAGACCCUGCAGGGUCCUACGAAACUGUGAUAAGGAGUAAAUAUUUGAACGAUUAUAUUAAAUUAAGCCAUCAUCGUACAACGCAUUUUAUCCUAUUUUUAAAAGUGUUGUCAGUGUAUUUUCGAAUCAUGUGCAGCAACUAAACUAACUGACUAUUUACUACAAGAUUUUUGUUCACACUCACUGUAGUUUCAACCGUGUGGAAGUCAAGUAGACUGCUUAUCAACAUUUAGAUUAAAGUGGAAAUACUUGGAAAUUAAAUACUCACUCGAACAUACAUAACCAAUUGUUUCAUGUUUAGUUUUAACCAAUCAUCCAACAGUGCCUUUGAUUUGAUUCUUUAUAUUAGCAAAUUUGUUACACGGUUCAGUGGAAUAGAGUGAAUUUGGUAGUUGUUGACUUUUAGAAACGGGAGGCGAAAUAACUAAUUAACUCCAAACUUGGAUUGCCAAUUUGUAGAGUAAAUUCCUGUGCUAUUUGGCGUGGAGUGAUUGAUGGUGCAAAAGCAAACCAACGUCUUCCAGUGAUAAUUACGUCUAAUUAAAACGACUUCCAAAUAUUAACCGAGAGAUUUUUCUCCUUCGCCACAUCACAUCAACAGCAUCGGACCGGACCAUCUCAAAAAGAAUAUAUAAAGAGGAGGACAAGAGCGCAAAAAAGUGCAACGGCGACGACCCAUCCAAUCCAAUCCGUGAUGAUUACAUGAUUCGAAAGUAGUCUGACACAGCAGUAUCUCACAUCGACGACGGAGGUGGACGUUAUACGAGCAGUGGUAUGCAUAAUAGAUAAAUAUUAUGCAUGGUGCCUGUUGCUGCUUCUGCUGAUGUUAGCGUAACCUAACCCAUACCAUCUCUCUCGGACAUCUCUUUGCAAUUGCACAUUUUCUCCCAGUUGGCCUUAUCGCCCACCACCCUGGAGCAGCUUCUGUGGAUGGUGGUGGAGCUUGCAGACGCCUCGAAGGAGGAGGAGGAGAAGAAGGAGUCGGGAGCAGCAGAAGCCGUGUUUCGAUAACAGAAGUGGAAGCACGGGGUUUACAAAUAAGAAGUCAAGACGACAGAAUUGGAAGUCGAACUCCGCACUUGGCUCCGAACUCUUCACGUCGCAACACGUCCGCUCACUUUCUCCACUCUCCACGUACUUUUGGUUACGUAGUAAAGAGACCGCUUGUCGAAUCGACUCAAUCAAGCUUACCUUAUUGGAACUAAGGACAUUACAUACGUUUAGGCGACCGGAAGUGACUUUUCAGUAAUUAUCGUCACCGAGCGGAUAGUGAUCGUGAGAAAAAUCAAUCAACCACCACACACAUUGACUUAACUUGAGAAAAGUUGUCAUCUUUUUUGGUGACGGAAGUACGCUUUGAUACAUUUUUUUCGGUAGAAAAAUAUUACCACCGGUGUGAAAUAAAUACACACGUUAGGAGACGAGGAGUCACUCGGAGCGUCUGUCAGAAGCAUAUUGUACUGCAGUAGGAAAAUGAGAAUCGUCCUCUCAAGUCACUUGUUGACUUUCUCUUCCUUUCUGUUGUUGUGAUCGACAAGAAGACGUCAAAAGUAAGAAUGUGAGAUAAGAAUCGCGUCGUUGUCCGCACCUCGGCGUGACCAGAACCAGUACAAUUAUCAGAAUGAGGGAUAACCGUGAUGAUCUUCUCUACACUUCCUCCCAUGGAUUCAAAAAAGGGGGGAUUAAAAUCUUAUACUUGUCACUCCUUCUCCUAUUUCUUGUCAUCUUCGUGUCCCCUGCGUGGGGGGAGGAUGAUGUGGAUUUGGUGUGCCAAAAGGGUGUCAGCGGCUUUCGUGGUGCAACCUUUCCCCGAGGAGACAUUCUUCUCAAGGAGGGGGACACGCUGGAAGUCUAUUGCCGUUUGGACAUGGCAAAGGCAAAACCGUACAACGCUAGCUUCAUCCAGUUUCGCUUCACCAAAACCAACAUCUCGGAGGGAUUGAUGAAGACGACGGUGAUCAACGAGACGACGGCGUUGCUUCGCGUGGAACGAAUGAACGUUUCUAGUCCUCACUUAUCCUGCGAAAUUGUCCCUCCGGGCAGUCGAAGGAUACAAGUUUGCCAAAAUGAGAUUGAUGUCGGAUAUCCACCCUUACCUGUGGAGAACUUUAGUUGUAUUGCCCAAGACUGGCGAAGUCUCAAUUGUACGUGGAAGAAGCCCUACAAUCCAAUCCCGACCAGUUAUUCAUUGCAGAUUCUGCAGAAGGGAAAGUCCUUCAACUCCAUCGUUUCUUGUCCAAAUGCGACCGCCACGCCGACCUCUUGUGUAUGGGGUCCAAGGACAGAACCAUUUUACAGACAGAACCAAAACCCCCUCCACUUUCGAAUCAAUGGAACAAACGUGCUCAAUCCGAAGGGAUCAACUUGGAACUUUUCCAUCGAGCACUGGUCGAUAGUCGUUCCCGAAGCACCCUCCGACCUUAAGAUUGUUCACUCCUUGCCGGAUGUGGCCACUGUGUGGUGGGCGUUUAAAAGUUUUAAGGAUUUCGUUCCCGGUCUAGUCCACCAAGUCACGGUCUGUAUACAGAACGCUUCAGUCGCUUGCAACGUUACAAAAUUAAACAGUUAUAAAGGUUCAGGUCAUUUGGAGCACAACAUCUCCCUCGAUUACGCUUACGUCAAUUACACGAUAGAAAUUAAAAUGAGGUCACAAAGAGCGAGAGAUGAAGCGAGCUUCUGGUCAAAACCGGGGAUGAUUGUGGUCGCCUCGUCGGCCAAGAGUCCCACAGCUCCUCCCAAAGUGGACGUGGGGAGUUACGAGUCUGUUCCUAUGAACGAUAAAAAACGCGAUAUUUUAGUGUACUGGGAAGAUGUGGAUCCGCUAUUUCGCAAUGGACCUGGGUUUCACUACAUCCACAGUGUGCAAGAAGACGAAGAGAAGAAAGAGGACAUUCAGCCAAAGGAAACAAACAGGUCGUACGCCAAAUUCAGCGGGUUGUGGCUUAACAAAUCCUACAGGUUCCAAAUUGUGUCGGCCAAUGACGAAGGAAAUAGUUCAGCUUCCUCUGUCGUCUUUGUUCCCAGGAUUCCUAAAGGUUUUUGCAAGACUGUAAUGGAUUAUGCGUCUCCCAAGUCACCCACAGCGGUCUCUCAACUGGACUUUAACAAUGGUUCCUUCAUCAUAUCAUGGAAUCCUGUGAACCCUGUUGCUGUUCCGAUCGUGUCGUACACAGUGUUCAGAUGCAUAAGUACAAAGCCGAGACCUCAGCAGUGCCAGGGGCUCAUGAAAUGGGACGUAGUGAGUGCCGACAAGCAGAGCAAGUUCUACAACAAUCUUCCCCAUAAUAAUAUGAUUUAUCAGUUCGCCGUGGCAGCAAAUGCUGAAAAUAUGAGCAGUGGGAUGGCUUGGGCAUCUUGCACACUUAUCCAUGGCAGAGUUCCCGAUAAACUGAAGAAAGUGGAGAAAAUUCUGGAGGCGGAGAAGGAAAUCCAUAUCAAGUGGAGUUUGGACUGCUCUUACAAACCUGGAGUGAUUGAAGGCUACAAAAUUAGCUACUGCCGAGUUGAAGACGAGCGGAAUAAAACUGGGCGAUGCAUCGACAAUGAAAAGCAAGAAGCAGUUGCCGGGUCCGAGAUAACUACUUAUCAUCUGAAGAAAUUAUAUCCUUGUGCGACCUACAUGAUUUCCGUUUCUAUCAUCUCUGCAAAUGGGGAGAGUCAAAAGAGCGAGCCUAUUUAUGCAACUACUAAACCUAGUGCCCCCAGUUAUCCACCGAUCGUGAGCGAGGUGACAGUUACCAAUACGAGUGCAACGAUAUCCAUUAAGCCACAAUUCCCUUUGAACGGGAUCAUUAAAGAGUACAGAGUCAAGUACAAGUCUUUAGAAACUGGAGAAGCCACCGAAAAGUUCUAUCCAGUCGCACAUCCCAGUAGAUCAAGUGGUUCGUCCGAGAACAGUGUUAGGACGGAUAGCUGUUUCGACGAUGGAGCAGUAAUGAAGUUGACUGAGGUGGAAGUCAAGAACCUACUCAGCAAUUCGAAUUAUUCAUUUACCGUGGCUGCGUGUACCUCAAAAUGCUCAGAGGAUUCAACACUAGCCCAUUUUAAAACAGACGUGGGAUACACGGACAUGACAACUUUCCCUGACAUGCAUAUUGAUGGGGACGACAUUGCCGUGGUGUGGAGUGUUCCUUCCAACAUACGAGGACCCAUCACAAAGUUUGAAAUUCUCCUGAAACAGAAUGGAAAGGAUGAUGAUAUUGUGUCCGUUCCGUAUGACGGCAACGCAAACGCUAGCACAUAUUACCACAAGAUGAAGUUCUCCUGUGAGACGAGUACAAAUUUGACAGCACAAGUUAGAGCUGUUACUGUGCUAGAAAGUAGAGGGGAGACGCUGUAUGGAAGGUGGAGUUCGGCUGGAAACUUUAAUUGUGGAGGAGGAGCGUCUUGGAUAGUUUGGGUUGGCGUAGUCAUUGGCGUAAUUGUACUUAUUGGAUUGAUAGGAAUCACAAGUACCAAACUACACCAAAAAUUUAAGUACAUGAAAGAAGGAGUGGACGUUACCCUGCCUCCUGGAAUGGCUGUUCAAAGCCUGAACGGGUUUUCGCACAACCUUCCAAAACGAAGAAGAGAUUCUGGCGGAGACACCCACUCAUUUGGAAAAGAGAACCUGAAUUAUCAACUGCAAAUGACCACGACGCAUCACUCUGAUGACCCCAAAGAUUUCACAUCACUCAACGAAUCGUGUCUGCAACAAGAGAAAACAGGAGCCAGAAGUGGGGAUCAUGGCGGAGGAAAAAUGAGUUUUGAUAAUAAAGUGUACUCGGAAGAAAUGGAAGUUCACCACAAACCUGAAAAGUCGAAUGGCAUUUCGUCUUCCGACGUUGGACUGUUGUUGCAUAAUGACACCACUUUCGAUUCGGCACAUCAGAUUGCAUCUUCCUCACAACCACAACAUGUGGAAAAUGAGCACCUCUUGACUGAAAAACGCUUGUCUGAAUGUCCCACAAACCCAUUGUUGGACGAUUCCCUAACUACGGACGACACAGAGGAGGACGCAUUUCCAAUCCCCAUUUCGUAUAGUAAUCUCCCAGCGCAGGAUCUAUUCGACGAUCCUGGUUUUGGAGGAUCUACGAGUGACAAUGGGUCUCCAGUUCCGUUUUCGAAUAGUCCAUACCCCACCACCGUCAGUAUUGGGGGAGGAAGUUCCCCCUCACCGCCCCCACCUUCCCGUAUCCUGAAUAUGGGACCUAAUCCCAACGAUAGAGCACCUCCAUCGUCCAACAACAAUGGAAGUCUCAGUCUUCCGACAAACCCAGUAAACUCGCCAUAUGUCAAAUGGACGCAAGUGAUGCCAGAUCAGUUCAUGAACGGAGAUGGUUCAAUUAGUGGUGGUGAUCACACACAUAAAGCGCCCUACUGUCAAGUCGGAAUACUUUUAGACUCCAAUUAGUAAUUUAUUAUAAGUAGCUAGGAAUAUAUGAUGACAGCUUCACCGUAUUUUUAGAUUGUACCGUGUGUAGCUUAUCUAUGUGUACUAUAUAUUGUAAGAAAAUCAAGGGUAACAGCUCAUUAUUGCCUAUUGUACAUAUGACUGAUUAAGACUAAAGUAGACAUUUGACCUAGAAUUUUAAUGUAUAUAUUGUUGUAUUUUUUGGUUCGUGUGUGAUUUAUUUGAAUAGAACACAUGAUGAUUAUGCGGACUCAGAAACGUAGAUUAUAGGAAACGUAGCUUAAUUAAUUUGAGGUCCCAUUUUUAGUUCCCUAGUUAAUUGUAAAUAUUAUAGAACACAACACAUAUCGAGCACUUAUUCAUUACUGUUAGUUCAUUAUUAGUCGUUUUGCAGUUCGUCGGCAAAUGGAGCAAAAGCUAUCACACAAACACAAAUCCGUCAAAUUGUUACUUAACUAUAAACUGAAAACAAAGAGAGGGAAACCAAUGCAGAGCACUUGGUUAGCGUGCCUUUGCUCCAAAAUCCUUACACUUGUCGAGGCGUUGGCUCCUUUGGCUGAUAUAAGUAUAAGACAACUGUACAAACUAACACAUUUCAGAGAGUAGUUAUUCACUUUAGAGUAGUUUGAAUAACUACUCUCUGAUUGUAUUUAAAUUAAUCAUGUAUGUAUACAUUAGAGAAUUGGGGGACAAACCCCUCACGUUAACCAACCAACCAAGCUCCGUGCAUGUAUUUUACAAAUGAUGAUUACUUGGUCUGCUGCUGAUCCCAAAUCUCAGAAAACAUAGAGCUUGCUACCAACAUGUUACCUAAUCAUAGUUUUAUAACUACAAAUUUAAAGUUUAAAAUAAGGAAGAGGCAGAUAGUCGAUGACCAGUUGAAGAAUUUUGAAAAAUUUUGAUGAUUUAUUUUCGAAACAUUGUCCACACUUGCCCACAUAAGUACAUAACUUAUUCUUAUUUAAUGAGAGAAAUCAUUUUGCUCAUAAUUUUUCACAUCGAUACUUGUUGAAGGUUUUAAAGGCUUAGAGAGUUCAAAACUUAAGGAGUUAAGUUAUUACGAUAGUCGCAGCAGUUAUAAAAUACUACUUCCUAGUCACAAGACAAUUUCUGUGGCCCUCGUACUUGUACCUCCACAGAUGAGAUAUUAUUGUUAUCGUUUGGGCUAAAAUGUACAAUCUUAUACUAGUUCAUCUAGUGUGUAAUUUAAUACUCAGAGUGUCCAUCAAUCCUAUAUUAUUAUUAUUCUAAUGUGUACAAGUGUUGCUGCAAAACCACCAUGCUUCCAUUUAUCCAUAGUCCCUCCGUUAGUAGUGUUUAGACGCGACGACUAUUCAAAUUAUGUUUAUUCAGUUUAUGUGCCACAUCUUGUUGAAACUUAGCAUUUACCGAUUUGUUACAAAUUUGUGAUUGUAUUUUAUUUUGUGCAUACUUGGAGAUGCAAACUUAUCUACAUAUAUGUUCAUGUGAUCGUUAUAUACAUAAAUAUUUAUCGCUGUGGUGUAUCGUACAUUAAUAAAUGCGUGAGUUGGAAA